GAGAGCUCUGGUCCCUUGUUCAUGCACAGCGAUUAUGAUGUGGCCUUGCCUUGCAUCAGGAGGAUAGUGGCUGUCAACAGCUUUACAAAAGCCAAGGUGCUCAGCAGUACCUCCACCCUGAAGUUCAUCCCAGAGGAGCUAAUCAUCUACUGCAGGGAUUUCCGGGUGCUGAGAUUUCGGUUUCACGAGAGCGGUUUGGAACCCCAGGCUUUCCGGGUGACCAUGGCCAUCGCCCAGGCCCGGGAGAGCAGCAGCAGAGUCAAUGGCUUCGAACAGGCGGCUCUGAGGAAUCUGGGGAACAGCCAGUGGAAGAGGGAAGAGGAAGAGUUUCCCACGCUGCUCUUCGAGACCCUCCAUGACUGGGAGAAGGAGCUGAAGCGUCUGGGGACGCCUGGCUGGCGGGUCAGCCCGGUCAACGAGCGCUUUGACAUGGCCACCAG